CCAGAAGGCAGAAUCAACUGACCCGAUCAUCAUCGACAUCGCUCUCACAACUGACAAUGGCAAGCAAAGUGAAAAGCUCAGAUGUAAAGGUUCUCAAAGGUCAAGAAGCCGAAGAUGCAAUAUUGCAAUAUCUGAAAAGAAUGAACCGCCCCUUUGGUGCUGUGGAUGUCGCUGCCAACCUGAAAGGUGCAGUGCCGAAGGCUACAACGCAGAAGAUCCUCGUCGCUCUAGCAGAGAGGGGGGAGAUUGUGCAGAAAACAUACGGGAAAACCAGCUUCUUUGUUGCCAAUCAGGCUAGCAUUGACACGGUUCCUGCUGACAAGCUUACAGAACUUGAGGUUGAGUGCAAGACGGUCGAGGACAGCAACAACGUACUUGCGGCAGAGGUCAAAGCUAUAACGGCAGAACUAUCAAAACUCAAAAAUGGUCCAACGGACGAAGAACUCGAGGCCCAGAUUGCGGGCACGAAAAAGGAAAUAGCGCAACUCACCGACAGACUCAUCCCCCUUCGCUCUGGCGCACCGCUCAUUUCUGCUGAGGAACUCCUCAAGAUCGAUGCCGACUGGGCGAAAUGGCGAGCGGAAUGGACUCGCCGAAGAAAAGUCUUCAUGACGUUUUGGCAGCUUGCGACGGAUUCACUCCCACCUCAAGAGGCCGAGAUGCUCCUGGAAGAUCUAGGGAUGGAGUUCGAUACUACAGAACACAAGAUACUCGAGAAGGGACCUUUGUGCGCCAUACAAGGUACAAACGCGCGUAGUAACCUUAAGAGGAAGCGGGCAUAGUCAAUCAUCUCGGCGU